AUGGGCGGCGGCGCGCGAAGCGGCCUCGAGCUGCAUCGAAGCCGGUUCGUGGAGUGGCAGCCCGCGGCCGUCGUCGCGAUCGCGGUCGCCCCCGGCGGGAGCACAGUCGCGCUCGCGAGGGAAUCGGGGGACUUGGAAAUCUACGACACCGCGGACUGGCGAUGCGUCGCGCGCGUGCCCGGGAAAGAAGGCGCCGCGAUCUCGUGCCUGACCUGGGUCGCGCCGUUCAUCGGGGACUGGGUCGACGCGGACAACGCGGCGGCCGCGGACGACGUGCCGUGCCGCCUCCUCUCCGCGGGCCUCGACGGCGUCGUCACGGAGUGGGAUCUGAGCGCGCUGAGGGCGAGGAGCACGACGGACUCGCACGGCGGCGCCGUGUGGGCGAUGGCCGCGGAGCCGCGACCGACGGACGGCGAGCCGCAGCGGGUCGCGAUCGCGUGCGACGACGGGUGCAUUCGACUCUUGACGCUCCUCGGCGGCGACGGCGUCGGCUCGGGGCUGAGCCAUCGACGAUCCUUCCUGCGAUUGCAGGGGCGGCUCCUGAGCCUCGCGUGGGGCGUCGGCGGCACGCAGAUCGCGGUCGGGACGUCCGUGGGGACGAUACACAUCAUGCAAGUCGCGACGUUAUCCGAAGUCAUGCGCAUCACGGUCGGGAGCGGGGACAAACCGAAAGAGAGCGACGAGCGGUGCACGUGGGCGCUGACGUAUCUCCCCGACGGCACCCUCGUCUCCGGCGGUCAGGACGGCGACGUCACAUUCUGGGACAAGCGGUUCGGGACGCAGCUGUACACGUUCCGGCAGCACGGCGCGGACGUCACGUGCCUCGCGUCGAACCCAGCCGGGACGUGCGUGUUCGCGUCCGGGAUCGACUCGCAAGUGUGCGUGUUCAACCGCAUCGAGGACGGCGCCGGCCCCGGGUUGGAGAAGUGGACCUUCGGCAGCACCAAACGGCCGCACACGCACGACGUCAGGGCGCUCGCGAUGGCGCACGCCCCGGGCGGGGGGGGCGACCGCGAUGGUAAGGGCGAGAGGGGUAAAGACGGCGACGGCGGGAGGGGCGGCGGCGGCGGGCCGAUCUUGUUGUCCGGGGGGAACGACGCGCAACUGCUCGCGUACCCGGCGAAUCACUUCCAACGAAGGCACCCCGUGCGCGUGGUGAGCGUGCCGCAGCGGACGCCGUGUUCGAUGACCGGCGGGGGGCUGUGGACCGCGCCGCCGGCGCCGAAGGGGAAGAAACAGAAAAGAGGAAAAGGACAGGGGAACAGAGGCGGAGACGGCGGCGGCGCGGACGAUGAACCGGUCGCGCCGAAACCGACGCUCGCGAACGCGCCGACGCCGCCUUUGUUGUUGUGCGACCACGGAAGGUGCGUCGACCUCUGGCGCCUCGGCGAAGGGCUCGGCGGCGGGCCGGGUCGCCCGUCCGAGGAGGUGAUCGAAGCGAGCAAGGCGAACAACGGGAUGAUGAAGCUCGCGUCCGCGCCGACGCACGUCUUGAGGGCGAAACUGAGCGGCAAGAGACGGACGCUGAGCAGCGCGAUAUCCCCCGACGGAGCGCUCGUCGCCAUCUCCGACGCGCACUCGCUGCGGUUGUUCGAGGUGAACAAGACGGAGGAGACGCCGGGGGUGAAACGCGAGGAGUGGACGCUUCGGAAGCAAGACUCGCCGGUUGGCGGGGUGACGUCCGCGAACUGCCUCUUGUUCACGCCCGACGGGAAAGUUCUCGUCGCCGUCGGCGUCAACGGCGCCGUGCACGUCGUCGACUUGGAGAGCUGGGAGGUGAUGCGGACGCUGCGAGCGCACCUGCCAAAAAUUUCCGCGGCGACCACGGCGCUAGAUAAAGCCACCAGCGGCAGCGGGAGCGGUAAGCGAAGGAAGGCGAUGGAUCCCGUGAGCGCGGGCGACGUCGGGUGCCCCGCGGUGUCGCACGCGUGCGCGAGCGCGGACGGGCAGUGGCUCGCCGUCGUGACGACCAAAGGCGGGACCGCCUCGAGACGCGCGGCCGGGGUGCACGUAUACAACCUCGACGCGCUGAAGCUUCACAAGAGCCUCCCGCCGCCGCCCGGGUUGGCGUCCUGGCCCCCCGUCGCCGCGAUGGCGCUGUCCGCGGCCGGGGUUCUCGCGCUCGCGGUCAGGGACAACGCGAUCGUGAUGUACGACGUCGAAGCCGGGACGCUCACGCCGUGGUCCGCCGCGAUGGCGACGGCGAAGAGCGUCGCGACGGCGCCGCCGAAGCUGAAGACCUUGCCGGGGCAGAUUUGCGGUCUGUCGUUCGAUCCGACCCCGGGGAGUCAGCUUCUGCUCGCGCACACGCCGAGCGCGAUCGCGCGGGUGAACCUCGCGGUCGUGCCGACGUUUACGCCCGCGCCCAUAACGAAAAAACGGAGGCGGAAAGGGUAUCGAGGCGACAAAGGCGGUUUCGGCGCGAUCGAGAAGCAGGGAGGGAAGACGAGCGGCGAGGAAGGCGGCGGGGACAUCAAGGUCGUGAACUUGAGCGAUCCGUGCCUGUUCUUGGGGUAUUUCGCCCCGGGGCAGGCGCUCAUGGUGGAGAGGCCGUGGGACGACGUCCUGAAUGCGAUCGAGAAGCCGCCGUACCAGAGGCACCUGUUUGGGACGUAGACCGACGACUAGCGCGAAGAACUCGUCGCACGCGGUCCGAUGCUCGUAACGAAGAUUUAUUCACAAACCA